AUACUUUCUAAAAAUAUGGUGCUUGGUAGCGUGGCUAAGUAGUAAUAAAAUUGUUGUGAAGCUGUCAUAAAUGCGUUAGACUUUAAUUAAGCCACUAAUUAGUCUGUGAAGGAGUUCCCCCUUAAGUUUCAUUUUUAGUCGGCUGCUAUAUAAGUAUCCAAGUCCAAGGCAAAACUGAAAGCAGUGCAAGCAGACGCUCUGUGAUCAUGCUGCAGGUCCUGUUGCUCUCGUGUUGCCUGUUUAAAGCUGUCUCCGGUCGGCUCACCAUACAUGGAGACUCCUCAGCUGUUUUCGGCAGUGACGCACAGUAUACGUGCGCUCUGGGAGAUCCCACAGGUGUGCGCCAGGUGAUGUGGCAGAAGCAGUAUAAAGAUAAGCCCAAAAUGAACAUGGCAACAUACAGCGAACAAUUCGGUACACAAGUUAAUGGGCCCUUCCAGGGCAAAGUUGUCUUCUCAGAGGCAUCUUUCAGCUCGACAUCCAUCACUCUGAAGAAUGUAACAUGGACCGAUGAAGCCUGUUAUAUAUGCUCAUUCAAUGCUUAUCCCGAUGGCUCCAAAGGACAGCAGAUUUGCCUCACUGUGCAAGGCAUAACGGACGUGAAAACAGAGCAAACUUCCAGCAGGAGAUCUGACACAGACGUGGAGGUUGUAUUGAGCUGCUCAGCCACAGGUAAACCAGCCCCGGCCAUUCAGUGGGACAUCUCACCUGGUGUCAGCUCAACAACACCAAAGCAGGAGGCGGUGCCGAAUGAUGACGGCUCAUUUCACAUCAACAGCAGCAUCGCACUGACGGUGCCGGUAAAAUGGGACGGGCAGGUGUUCUGUCUGCUGGACAAUGAGAUGGGAAAACAGAUACGUAAGGAGAUUCAUAUCACUGAUAACUCUGAGGAAGGACAGAAGAACAAGGUGGAUGAGGGGGGAGGCGGACUCCCGUGGAUUGCAGCAGUAGUAAUUGGCCUUAUAUGCAUUUCCUGUGCUGUGAUUUAUGUUUUAGUGAAGAAAAAAAGGCAGCAAUACAACAGCACUCUCAACACAAAGGAGAUGGACGAAUAUGUAUAACAGACAGCCUUUUAGACAUCUGUUUCAAGCUGUGCUCAUUUUAGUGAUGAUUUGUAGUCAUGUAAGUGAUGUUCCCGCAUUAAGAUGGUCUGGAAGGGCAAGUGAUGGACACCAAAUCACCUGUAUCUGUAAUGCAGUUAGUGAGGAGAAAUGCAUAGCCGAAAUAGUUUUUAAUAUCCAUUCACAUUUCUUUUGAAUGCAAAUAUGCACUUGAUAGCACUUUACAUCUUAGUUUUAGAGCAGGGAGUUCGGAGGACUGGCUUGAUAUGACCAAAACAAGUUCCUACCAUACAUCGUUUUGAAUAGUUGAGGAUCUAAAGGUGUCAGGUUCAUGGGCUUAGUGGGACAAGUCAAUGGUAAAUGUACAAUACAUUUAGAAUGUAUGAACUGUAUUAACUCAGUUCCUACAUCAGCAGCAUUACAAGGUAAUCAUUAGGGAAGUGUUAAGUGGAGAGAUGAGUCAGAGAGGUGGUUUUUGAUGCACUGGACAGGCAGGAGAGCUUUUUCUGUGCAGGUCGGGGAAGAAUUCUGAAAAGGGCAUAUGAUUCAGAGGGGACAGAGCGCACACAGGAAAAGAGAUAAGUACUUAAAAUGACAUAAAGAGAAGGAAUGACUGUUGUGAUGCAGGCCUGCGGGACAGAUUUACAGAUUCAUUCUGCUAGUGCAACUUGGGGAAGCACAGGGUGUGUGCUGGUCAUGACUACAGCUUGUAGGAAUGAGAAGAAUGAAACUCUCGUGACAGUCAGACUGUUUCAGACUGUCGGGAAGAACAUCGUAAUCAUAGACAUUUCAAAAAGACACCCAGCCUACAUUUAAAUAUCUUGAAUAUUGGGCUCUGAAUCCUCAAAAUAUGAAAUAGAAAUAGAGUUCAGGGCAGCACUCCAGUAAUUAUCUAAAUUUCCGUACAGAUCACCACUGCACACUGAAGAAGGGUGUUUUACCUGAAAAGUGUGUACAGCGAUGAAGAUAGUAGUUUUGGAUUGCUGUCCUGAACUGUUUCAUUAUAAACAACUGAGGGGCAGCUGUGAAUUUGUUCAUGUAAAUCUUGGAACUGUUCAUAGAAAACAGUGAAAAUGAGGGCACAAAUCCUCCUCGGACCUCAACAUUAUAUAUUUUCCUGCCACUGCUCCCAGACUCCAGGAGCACAGAGAGGAGACCUGGGAAGUUCAGGAGACAGGACAGGCUCAGGCGUUGUGAGUGAGAUAGUAAGACCAAAGCUGGAGAGGCCAGUCACAGAGGAGUCACUGUUGCUCUGAGUGAGUGAGGAGAGGGAAGCAAAAAUGGAGUGACAGCGCCAUCUGGAUUCCUUUUGGUGGGAAUGUAAAGAAAGAAAGGGAAUGGGAAUUGAAUUUACUCUCGCACUCAAAAAGACGUGGCACUGACUUUUCUUAAAUGUUUGCCUCUACAAAACAAAAAUUAAAA